AUGGGACAGAAUAACAGUGUAUCAGAGUUUAUACUCUUGGGACUCACUCAGGAUCCUGCUGGGCAAAAGGCAUUAUUUGUGGUGAUUUUACUCAUCUAUAUCGGAACCAUGGUUGGCAACCUUCUCAUUGUGUGGACGGUGAUUGCCAGCCCCAAUCUAGACUCCCCAAUGUAUUUUUUCCUUGCCUAUCUUUCCCUCAUUGAUGCCCUUUAUUCCAGUACCAUUUUGCCCAAGUUACUUACAGACCUACUUUGUGAUAAAAUCACCAUUUCCCUCACAGCUUGCUUGGUCCAAUUGUUUGUAGAGCACUUAUUUGGUGGUGUUGAGAUCUUCCUUCUAGUUUUUAUGGCAUAUGAUCGUUAUGUGGCCAUUUGUAAGCCACUGUACUAUCCAACCAUCAUGAAUCAACGGGUUUGUGUACUUUUGGUGGUGGUGUCUUGGGUUGGAGCAUUUGCUCAUGCUCUGGUUCAAGUUCUUUCUGUGUAUAAACUUCCUUUCUGUGGCCCUAAUAUCAUUGACCACUUUGCUUGUGACAUGUACCCAUUGUUAGGACUUGCAUGCACUGACACCUACUUCCUUGGACUCACUGUAGUUGGCAAUAAUGGAGCAAUGUCUGUAGUGGUCUUUAUCCUCCUCCUUGUCUCCUAUGGAAUCAUUCUAAGCUCUCUUAAGACUCACAGUCAAGAAGGGAGGCGCAAGGCUCUGUCCACCUGCAGCUCCCACAUCAUGGUGGUUAUCCUCUUUUUUGUUCCUUGCAUUUUCAUGUAUGUUAGACCUGUUUCUAACUUUCCUUUUGACAAAUUCAUUACUGUAUUUUAUACAGUGUUUACUCCCAUGUUGAAUCCUUUAAUUUAUACUUUGAGAAAUUUAGAGAUUAAAAAAUCUAUGGAAAAGCUCUGGGGUAAAAUAUUUAUUUCAGAUAGAGUAAGAAUUUCUUCUCGUUAUUCCUAA